AUGUGUAUUCGUAUGAUACCUCCAGAUGACGUGUCUUUUGGCACAACAUCUACUACCCAAGCUUCUCCAAUAACUACUGAGCAAUGCACUACGUCAUCAUGCCAAGCAACAAUGACUACACCGGAAGAAGAAACUCCUGAAACCUCUGCCGCCCCUGUCACGAUGGCUCCCACAUUGUGCACAACAUGUGAUAUAGCUGCGAUCGCACCAGUAAUGGAAGCCAACACGGUUUUUGAGAAUACAAAUACAGUAGGAACCGAUGGGUGUACACAAACCAAUGCGAUAUGCAGAAGAACCGAUGAUCAAGUGUGUACAGGAGUCACUUUAUCUGCAACAAAUGCUGCUGGGACUUCUACUAUUUCCAGUGCUAUGAAUGCGAAUCAAGUCAGCGGAUUGCUCACAUGUCAGGCUGAUGCUUGCUCAACGUGUAACAUAGAAGCUGCUAGACCAGUGAUGGACCCACCAAACACAGUUUUUCAAAUAAUGGAUAAUACCCCCGCUGGGCAAACAUGCAAGGUAUACUCUGUUGCUUGUCUUCACCAAACUCAACAGUGCACAGUUGUUCUUUACGCUACGAUGAGUACAGGAAGCGAAGAGAUGCUUAGUUCAGAUAUACUUUAA